AUGGCGCUCACAUGUACGUUCGAAGCGCAAGGAUCGGGCGCUUCCCUCACAUGUACGUUCGACGCACCCGCUUUCGCCCGUCGCACUCCCUUCCGCAUGCCGGCACUCCCUUCCGCCUGUCGCACUCCCUUACGCCCAUCGCCCUCCCUCCCGCCGUCGUCCUACCUUAUGCCCGUCGCCCUCCCUAGCUCCCGUCGCACUCCCUUCCGCCAUUGCCCUCCCUUCCGCCCGUCGCCAGUCGCCAUGCCUUCCGCCCGUCGCCCUCCCUUCCGCCCGUCGCCCUCCCUUCCGCCCGUCGCCCUCUCUUCUGCCCGUCACCCUCCCUUCGUCUCGUCACCCUCCCUUCCUCCCAUUGCCCUCCCGACCACCCGCCGCCCUACCUUCCCCUCGUCGCGCUCCCUUCCGCCCGUUGCCCCCCUUUGUCACGCCGCGCUCCCUGCUGCUCAUCGCCCUCCCGCUCUUCCCCUCGCAAUCCCCGUAUCUCUCUCCCCUCAUCGCCCGUCACUGUCGCCAUCCCUCCCUUCUCCCUUCCCAACUCGUUUGGACCAGUCACGCCCCCUUUCCAACCCGCACACACCCCUCUCUCCCCGGCAUCUCCCCCACUCCCCUCGUCCUGCUUCCCCCCAUCCUCUUCACUGUUUCCCCUGGGUUUCCCGCGCUGCUUCCCCCCAUCCCCUUCCCUGCUUUCCCACAUCCCCUUUCCUGCUUUCCCCCAUCCCCUUCCCUUCUCCCCCCCAUCCCGUUCCCUGCUUCCCCAUGUCCCCUUACCUGCUUCCCCCCAUCCCCUUCCCUUCUUCCCCCCAUCCUUUACCUGCUUCCCCCCAUCUCCUUCCCUACUUCCUCCCAUCCCUUCCCUUCUUCCCCCCAUCCCUUUACCUGCUUCCCCCCAUCCCCUUCCUUGCUUCCCCCCAUCCCCUUCCCUGUUUUUCCCCAUCCCCUUCCCUGCUUUCCCCCAUCCCCUUCCCUUCUUCCACCCGUCCCCCUCCGUGCUUCUCCCCAUCCCCUUCCCUUCUUCCCCCCAUCCCCUUCCCUGCUUCCCCAUGUUCCCUUCCCUGCUUCCCCCCAUCCCCUUCCCUUCUUCCCCCCAUACCUUUACCUGCUUCCCCCCAUCUCCUUCCCUGCUUCCUCCCAUCCCUUCCCUUCUUCCCCCAAUCCCUUUACCUGCUUCCCCCCAUCCCCUUCCCUGCUUCCCCCCAUCCCCUUCCUUGCUUCCCCCCAUCCCCUUCCCUGCUUCCCCCCAUCCCCUUCCCUUCUUCCCCCCAUCCCCUUCCCUGCUUCUCCCCAUCCCCUUCCCUUCUUCCCCCCAUCCCCUUCCCUGCUUCACCCCAUCCCCUUCCCUUCUUCCCCCCAUCCCCUUCCCUGCUUCCCCAUGUUCCCUUCCCUGCUUCCCCCCAUCCCCUUCCCUUCUUCCCCCCAUACCUUUACCUGCUUCCCCCCAUCUCCUUCCCUGCUUCCUCCCAUCCCUUCCCUUCUUCCCCCCAUCCCUUUACCUGCUUCCCCCCAUCCCUUUCCCUGCUUCCCCCCAUCCCCUUCCCUGCUUCCCCCCAUCUCCUUCUUUGCUUCCCCCCAUCCCCUUCCCUGCUUCCCCGUGUCCCCGUCCCUGCUUCCCCCCAUCCCCUUCCCUUCUUCCCCCCAUCCCCUUCCCUGCUUCCCCCCAUCCCCUUCCCUGCUUCCCCAUGUCCCCUUCCCUGCUUCCCCCCAUCCCCUUCCCUGCGUCCCAACAUCCCUUUCCCUGCUUCCCCCCAUCCCCUUCCCUGCUUCCCCCCAUCCCUUUCCCUGCUUUCCCCCAUCCCCUUCCCUGCUUUCCAAUGUCCCUUUCUCUGCUUCCCCCCAUCCCCUUCCCUUCUUCCCCCCAUCCCUUUACCUGCUUCCCCGUGUCCCCUUCCCUGCUUCCCCGUGUCCCCUUCCCUGCUUCCCCCCAUCCCCUUCCCUUCUUUCCCAUGUCCCUUUCCCUGCUUCCCCCUAUCCCCUUCCCUGCUUUCCCAUGUCCCUUUCCUUGCUUCCCCCCAUCCCCUUCCCUGCUUCCCCCCAUCCCGUUCCCUUCUUCCCACCAUCCCUUUACCUGCUUCCCCCCAUCUCCUUCCCUGCUUCCUCCCAUCCCCUUCCCUUCUUCCCCCCAUCCCUUUAUCUGCUUCCCCCCAUCCCCUUCCCUGCUUCCCCCCAUCCCCUUCCCUGCUUCCCCAUUUCCCUUUCCCUGCUUCCCCCAUCCCCUUCCCUGCUUUCCCAUGUCCCUUUCCCUGCUUCCCCCCACCCCCUUCCCUUCUUCCCCCAUCCCUUUACCUGCUUCCCCGUGUCCCCUUCCCUGCUUCCCCGUGUCCCUUUCCCUGCUUCCCCCCACCCCCUUCCCUGAUUCCCCAUUUCCCUUUCCCUGAUUCCCCCCAUCCCCUUCCCUGCUUCCCCCCCAUCCCCUUCCCUGCUUCACCAUGUCCCUUUCCCUGCUUCCCCCCAUCCCCUUCCCUGCUUACCUAUGUCCCUUUCCCUGCUUCCCCCCAUCCCCUUCCCUUCUUCCCCCCAUCCCUUUCCCUGCUUGCCCCCAUCCCCUUCCCUUCUUCCCCCCAUCCCUUUCCCUCCUUCCCCCCAUCCCCUUCCCUGCUUCCACCCAUCCCUUUCCUUGCUUCCCCCGAUUCCCUUCCCUGCUUCCCCAUGUCCCUUUCCCUGCUACCCCCAUCCCCUUCCCUGCGUCCCCCCAUCCCUUUCCUUGCUUCCCCCAAUCCCCUUCCCUGCUUCCCCCUAUCCCCCCUGCUUGCCCCCAUCCCCUUCCCUGCUUCCCCCCAUCCCCUUCCCUUCUUCCCCCCAUCCCUUUACCUGCUUUCCGGUGUCCCCUUCCCUGCUUCCCUGUGUCCCCUUCCCUGCUUCCCCAUGUCCCUUUCCCUGCUUCCCCCCAUCCCCUUCCCUGCUUUCCCAUGUCCCUUUCCCUGCUUCCCCGUGUCCCCUUCCCUGCUUCCCCGUGUCCCCUUCCAUGGCACUCACACGCACCACUUGUCUGCUCUUCAUAUUCUCCCUCAGAUUCCUCCUCACAUAGGGAAAGUAGGAGCGGGGGUGGGGGCAGUGGGGAUCUGCGAGGAGGACGAGGAGGAGCAGCCACGCCUAGCGCUGGCGGCUUCCAUGGAGGGGCAUACAGAGGAAGAGGGGGCCGAGGCGGGAAGGUGGGCAAGGUGGGGAGCAAGGUGGGGACAUGGGCCCAUGCAGGGCAGCAGGGACGACGCCUCUCGUGCGGCAGAGGGUCAGGAGCAACAAGGGGCGUGGGCAGGAGGGGCAGCGGAGGAGGAGGUUGAGUUACCAGAGGAGCCCGUAGUGCGCAUUCCAGCCAUUUGUCGCAUUGCCAUUCGUUGCCCGGAUGGCACUCGGCUGGAGUGUCGGUUCCGGGCCCAGGCACUCUCUCCAUGUGCUGUCCCCAUCCUUCAAAACAGCCUGCUUGCCACCCAUCCCACGCCUGUGCACAGUCCUUCCUGCCAUGCUCAUUCCCUUGCUCUCCCACUCACUCCCUUGUUCUCCCACGCCCCACUCCCCAGUCCCCCAGAUGCUGGGAAGCAGAUCUACGACUGGACCCGUCCCGAGGUGAGCCAGCGUAACUCCUGUGCAGCCAUGGCUGUGGCGUAG